UACGCACGCACGCACACAAUCCGCGUUCGGUGUGUUGUUUCCACCGGCAGACGGCGUUUGUGAGUGAGGAUCGAUCGAUCGAUUGUCUCGGGUCAUGUCGGCACUUGAAGGCAGGAAAUGAGGCGCGCGCUCCCUCGCUUCUGGCUCGCGGUGCGCAACAGGGAAGUGGAACCCGUUUGGCGCGGCGCGCACAAGUGGUCGGUGCCAAGCAGCUCGUUGGCCCGGAAGGUGGUUUCUCCUCCGCCAAAGCAAUAGUACCGCAGUGACGACGACGGGGCCUUUUUGGGGCCUUUUUUUAUUAGGGGAGGGGGGGGGACAGAAGUGCAGUGGAAGGGAGGGAUGGAGGCAGGAAAUGCUCGCUAGAUGGUUCGGGCUGGCGGAGGACUUGACGCGCACGGGACACCACAGCGGUUUGUUUUUUUCCAUGUGUCAAAUCUACGUUUAGCUGAGGCCCUCUCUGACCAUGGCCCAGUGGACCCAUAUGUCUCAGAUGUUACCGCACCUGACCAAUGAAACUAUCAACAACCUCUAUCCCCCGACCGCCUUCCCCAUUGAAGUCAGACAUUUUUUAGCUCAGUGGAUUGAGGGACAAAGAUGGGACGACUUUGCACUGGAAAAUGUGGAGCAGAAGAACCAAGCUCAGGCUCUCUUGGACCAGACCAUCAGCAUGCUGCAAUCAAUCGCACAGCAGACCACCAACGUGGUGGACAAGAUGAAGCUGAUGCAGUUCAGCAAGAACAUGAACAUUUUCCAGGCGCAGCCUCUGCAGUUUGGAGUGAUGGUCAGGGACAUCCUGAAUCAGGAGAGGGGUUUGCUCGACACGUCUGCUCAGCCACAGUUCCAACCGUUCCCGAAUAUAGAGUCCUCGUUCCCCAACAUGCAGGAUCUGGACUGCCUGGUUCUGAAGGUACUCGAGGUCCAGAACAUCCGACAAAAAAUGCACCAGAUGCAAGAAGAGCUCAACUGGGAGAGGCAGAACUAUGAGAGUUUACAAGGGGCCAUUCAACCAAACGGACUGGACCCCACACUGUCAGAAAGUCAGAAACUCCAGAAUCACAUCCAGCAGCUGGAGUACAAUGUGCAAGCAAUGGCCAAGCGUUUCCAGCUGCUGAAGGAGUGUGUGGACUGCCUUGACCAGUGUCAGACCCGCCUGAUCGGCAGCCUGAAGGCGUGGAGGUGGGGCCAGCACAAGGCCACCAUUGGACUUCCAUUUGACGACAACCUCAACACCCUGCAGACCUGGUGUGAGCAGUUGCUUGGCGUAAAUGGAAAGCUGAGACAGGAGUUGGUGCUGCUCGGGGAACCGAUGCCGGAGCUUCAGGAGCGGCUGGGGAAACUUCUGCAGGUUCUGAUUCAAAGCUCUCUUUUAGUGGACAAGCAGCCCCCGCAGGUCAUUAAGACUCAGUCCAAGUUCUCCACAACCGUGCGAUAUCUUCUGGGGGAAAAAGUUGCUCCUGGGAAGCCUGUGUUGUUGAAGGCGCAAAUCAUUAAUGAAAUUCAGGCCAGGAACCUGGGAGGUGUUCCUAGUGAUAAUGUUGGGGAACUGAUCAACAAUACAGCCAUCCUUGAACAUAACACAUCCAGUAAAAGCACGUGUGCCACCUUCAGGAAUAUGUCCAUCAAGAAGAUCAAGAGAGCAGACAGAAAGGGAUCAGAAUCUGUGACCGAAGAGAAAUUUGCUCUUCUGUUCUCGACGGAGAUCACCAUCACAGGAUGUGACACUCCGUACAGGAUACAGAUGAUCUCACUACCGGUGGUCGUCAUUGUUCAUGGAAGUCAGGACAACAACGCUUUGGCCACCAUCAUCUGGGACUGUGCUUUUUCCGAACCAGACAGAGUCCCAUUUCUGGUGCCGGAGCGCGUGCCGUGGAGGAUGAUGUACAGUACUCUCAACAGUAAAUUUACCUCUGAGGUCAUGACGGAGCACAACCUGGACCAAUACAACCAGCACUUCUUGGCCCAGAAGAUAUUUGAUAAGCCUGACUUUUCGGAUGACUUCAGCAACAUUUUGGUUUCCUGGGCCCAGUUUAAUAAGGAGGUUCUCCCAGGUCGACCCUUCACUUUCUGGCAGUGGUUUGAGGGAGUGAUGGAGCUGACCAAGAAGCACCUGAAGGAGUACUGGAGCGAAGGGUUGAUAUUUGGUUUCAUUGGGAAGCAACAUCUACACCUGAUUCUCAAAGACAGGCCCAACGGGACUUUCUUGCUUCGGUUUAGUGACUCGGAGAUCGGAGGCAUCACAAUUGCAUAUGUGUCCGCUUCUGAGAAUGGAGGACAGAAAAUCCAGAACAUCCAGCCCUUCACUAAGAGAGACCUUGAGAUCCGUUGCCUUGGAGACCGCAUCCGGGACAUCAGCCACAUAACUUACCUGUAUCCAGAUUUUCCAAAACAUGACGUUUUCAAAAAAUACUUCACAGAGCCCCAACCAUCACCCGUCGGGGGUUAUAUCCCUGUGACUCUCCUUACCAAAGUUGGCACGGAGGCUAACUCAGACUCACUUCCAGCUACACUCCUCCCUGGAAGCCCUCACAGUGUUGGUGGCUUCUCUGGGACUGAUGAUGAUAUGGACCUUGAGCAAAUCCUCCAGACUUUCAGUACCUAAGAGAAGAGGAUUUCCCGUUAAAGUUGUAAAGGAGUACAAAGCACUGAAAAGAGACCGGAGCCAAAGUCGUCCGUCUUAUCUUCAUAUGAAAGGAGUGCUAUUGGUUGAACAGACGUUUUCCUUCACUUUCAUCGCUCAUCAACAGAUUUCUCUACUUUUGAGAAAAACAAAUGUGUCUGUGUUUGAAGAGGAAAGCCUAUCUUUUCUUCUAUUGUAUACAACCUUUAUGAUGGCUAAGCAUCAGCUACAGCAUGUCAUACACUCAAUCUCACAAUAACAGUAAACACCUCACAGCCAGUGUUCAUGAGCCUAACCAGUUGUAUAUAUAAUGGGGAUUAGGAAUAUGGAAGGAACUAUAAGCCAUAUAGAUUGACACUUAAAAUAGCAGAUGCCAAAAGUGGUGAUGAUGAUGGCAGUUUGAGCUGCCCAUUUUACAUCUGACUUCUUAGGGUGAAAAUCUUGUAACCUCUGCGGUCAAUUUGCUGAUACCCUAUUGGUGCCAGAAUACCGGGGCUUUCAGGCAUACAUCUAACAGCUCCUCAUUCUUCUUUCAUUAGUACAAUAUUUAAAAGUCAUCGGCUGUCAAAAUGACACUGAGCUUGUUUCGCAGAUGAACUUUUGACUGAUAAUGAUAGUCAGUGUCAAGCUCACUUACGUUAAAGGUUUAAUGCCCUAUAACUGAUUAUUAAUAAAAGUCGACUUGUUUUUGGCAAGUUAAAUGCUUUAAAUGUGAAGCCACAGCGGUAAAAAUGUGUCCAGUUUGAAUUAGCAGUAGCUUAAUACAGAAUGUUUGGAGGAAUGUCCAAAAAAGACCCCCAGUUCCUUUAUUUCAAAUACAUGAAUAUUGCAGUAUUUUGUCAGUGCAUGGGGCAAAGGCACAACUGCCAUUGUGUUAUUACUGCCCUUUGGCAAUAUAGUGUGACUUUUAAUUGGAAGAAAAAUAUUAAUCUUAAGAUUAUUAAGCUACAUUAAAGGCUCAAUUGGGUGUAUUUAAAAAAAAAAUCUUUGUCAGUACUUGUUAAAGCUUGUUGCUCUUUUCUCUUCCUCCUUCAAGUCCAACUCAUAGUCCCAAUGCAACACAAUUAUUGGAAUGUCUGCAGUCUAUGGAGUAAUACAACUAAUAAAUAUAGAGAAAGUAGCCUAAAUGAUCAACAGUAUAUUUCCAUACCUUUAUUCUUACGGAAGUUCUCUAAUGUUACAUUAUUAUUAUUGAUAUAUGGAGUCUCACAUAAUAUGCUAAAGUGCCAGUUGAUAAAGAAAAGGGAUAUAAGUGAAGAUAAUUAGCUUUGUAGUCAAAAGGAACACAUAACAAGGUAAAGGAGGUGCAGUAUCUUUGCCUUGUGGGAGCUCCACAAAUAAUUUUGCCAUUACAUCCACAGCUGCACGUACAUCAAAAUCCAUCUUCCUAAUUAAUCAACUUUGGGUUUCAUGAGAAUCUUUGCACUACCUGCCAUCACUGUUAGUUUUAUGCAUGUAGUAAUAUAUUUGUGGGUUGGAUUCACUAUGCUGCAAGUAUGUUUUAUGUCUUGUACAUUCUCUUGAAUAAAUCACACUCAGGUUACUACUACAAUCAUAUAUCUUUACACUGUGGGGACAAAUAAAAUCUGUUCUUUUUGUAAAAUA